CGGCAAUGGAAGGAGGAAGGCAGCAAGAGAUACAUGUGCACUGGCCGUCCUGGCUGGCUGACUGUGUCACUUCGUGUUGGAAAGUACAAGAAGACACAUAAGAACAUCAUGAUCAACCUAAUGGAUGUUCUGGAAGUGGACAGUGAAAGACAGGUUGUUCGUGUGGAACCUUUGGUUACCAUGGGCCAGUUGACUGCACACCUGAAUCCCAUGGGCUGGACUAUUCCUGUGGUACCAGAGCUUGAUGAUCUCACUGUAGGUGGCCUGAUCAUGGGGACUGGCAUUGAGUCUUCAUCCCAUAUCUAUGGACUUUUCCAACACACCUGCGUGGCCUAUGAACUUGUUCUUGCUGAUGGAAGCCUUGUGAGAUGUUCACCAACUGAAAACUCAGACCUAUUUUAUGCAGUGCCUUGGUCUUGUGGUACUCUGGGUUUCCUGGUUGCAGCAGAAAUAAAGAUGAUUCCUGCCAAGAAAUAUGUCAGAAUAUAUUACGAGCCUGUGAGGGGACUGCAGAAGAUUUGUGAAAAGUUUACUGAAGAAUCUAAGAAGAAAGAGAAUAGUUUUGUGGAAGGACUUGUGUAUUCUUUGGAAGAAGCAGUCAUCAUGACAGGAGUCUUGACUGAUGAAGCUGAGCAAAGCAAGAUAAACAGAAUUGGCAACUACUACAAGCCAUGGUUCUUUAAGCAUGUGGAGAAGUAUUUGAAAGAUGACAGGACUGGAACAGAAUACAUUCCCUCAAGACAUUAUUACCACAGACAUACACGCAGUAUCUUCUGGGAGCUUCAAGAUAUCAUUCCUUUUGGCAAUAACCCGGUUUUCCGUUACCUCUUUGGCUGGAUGGUUCCUCCAAAAAUCUCUUUGUUAAAACUCACCCAAGGAGAAGCUAUUCGGAAGCUGUAUGAGCAGCACCACGUUGUUCAAGACAUGUUGGUGCCAAUGAAGAGCCUUGAAAAAUCUAUCCAGACCUUCCACGUUGACCUUAAUGUGUACCCUCUUUGGUUAUGUCCUUUCAUAUUGCCAAAUAAUCCAGGUAUGGUUCAUCCAAAAGGGGAUGAAGCAGAACUCUAUGUGGAUAUAGGAGCUUAUGGAGAACCCAAAAGGAAACAAUUUGAAGCCAGGGCUUCGAUGAGGCAAAUGGAAAAGUUUGUAAGAAGUGUGCAUGGUUUCCAGAUGCUGUAUGCAGAUUGCUACAUGACCCGUGAGGAGUUCUGGGAUAUGUUUGAUGGUUCCUUAUACCACAAGCUGAGGGAGCAAAUGAAUUGCAAGGAUGCCUUUCCAGAAGUGUAUGAUAAAAUCUGCAAAGCUGCCAGGCACUGAGCCUGGAUGAUCUAAUCAUCUAAGCAAUCAGGGAAAAAUGAAAUUACCUAUAGCUAGUCAGUAGGUCCUUUUCAAAAAAAAAAGCAAAGCUUUAUUGCUCUCCAAAUAAGCUUAUUCUUGCUGAUGUUUAAAGGUAUGAAUUCCUGCUUUAUGAAUUUAUGUUUAGUAUUUCUUCGUAUGUUUUAAAAAACAUUUUCCAAACUCAGAGUGAUUGUUUUUAAGAAAUCUUAGUGCUAGCCUUUGUAUCUAAUGUUGUGACAUGGGUGAAUCUGCCUAUUUCCAAGCAUAAGAAAAAUAAUGGGAAAGGAGGAAGAUACUGGAGUCACACCAGCUGUGUAUCAUAGCUAUAUUUAACAUUACUUUUGGAAAUUGGAAGGAGGGGUCAGGAGUAGGUGCCAAAGUUGAA